AUGACUAGAGAUAUUUCCAAUCACUUACUUUUCGAAGUUGCAACUGAAGUUGCUCAUAAAGUCGGUGGUAUUUAUUCCGUACUUAAAUCAAAAGCUCCAAUUACUGUUGCAGAAUAUAGAGAACGUUAUACUUUAAUUGGUCCCCUCAAUUAUCAAUCGGCACAAAUUGAAGUUGAAGAAUUACCAGUUAAAGAUCCAAUGAUCAAACAAACAUUGGACCAAAUGAGUGAACGUGGUAUUCGUUGGCUUUAUGGUAGAUGGUUAAUUGAAGGAGCUCCAAGAGUUCUUUUAUUCGAUAUUUGGUCAGCUGGUCAUAAUUUAAAUGAAUGGAAAUCUGAUUUAUGGAAUAUUGCCGGUAUUCCAACUCCUGACCAUGAUUCUGAAACUAAUGAUGCUAUUUUAUUAGGUUAUUUGGUUGCUUGGUUCUUGGGAGAAUUAGUUUAUAAUGAUCGUGAAAGAGCCGUUAUUUGUCAUUGUCAUGAAUGGUUAGCUGGUGUUGCAUUACCAUUAUGUAGAAAAAGAAGAAUUGAUGUUACUACUAUUUUCACCACUCAUGCAACUAUUUUAGGUAGAUAUCUUUGUGCUGGUUCAACUGAUUUCUAUAAUAAUUUAGCUAAUUUCGAUGUUGAUGCCGAAGCUGGUAAAAGAGGUAUUUAUCAUCGUUAUUGUAUUGAAAGAUCAGCUACUCAUUCUGCUGAUGUUUUCACUACAGUUUCUCAUAUUACUGCUUAUGAAUCUGAACAUUUAUUAAAAAGAAAACCGGAUGGGGUUUUACCAAAUGGUUUAAAUGUGGUUAAAUUCCAAGCGGUUCAUGAAUUCCAAAACUUACAUGCUUUAAAGAAGGCUAAAAUUAAUGAAUUCGUUAAAGGUCAUUUCUAUGGUAAUUAUGAUUUUGAUUUAGAAAAUACUUUAUACUUUUUCAUUGCUGGUAGAUAUGAAUUCAGAAAUAAAGGGUGUGAUUUCUUUAUUGAAGCUUUAGCUAGAUUAAACCAUAGAUUGAAAGAAAGUGGUUCCAAAAUGACUGUGGUUGCAUUCAUUAUUAUGCCAGGUAGAACUCAAUCUUAUACUGUUGAAACCUUGAAAGGUCAAGCUGUUAUAAAACAAUUAGAAUCUACUAUUGAAGAAGUUCAAAAGAAAGUUGGUGAAAGAUUAUUUGAACAUUGUGCAAGAUUCCCAAAUGCUCAUGGUAAAAUUCAUAAUGAAGUUCCAUCAAUUGAUGAAUUAAUUAAACCUGCUGAUAGAGUCUUAUUAAAGAGAAGAAUCUUUGCCUUAAAACGUGAAGGAUUACCACCAAUUGUGACUCAUAAUAUGGCUGAUGAUGAUAAUGAUCCAAUCUUGAAUCAAAUUAGACGUGUUCAAUUAUUCAACCGUCCAGAAGAUCGUGUUAAGAUUAUAUUCCAUCCUGAAUUCCUUAAUGCCAAUAAUCCAAUCUUAUCCCUUGAUUAUGAUGAAUUUGUUCGUGGUUGUCAUUUGGGUGUUUUCCCAUCAUAUUAUGAACCAUGGGGUUAUACUCCUGCUGAAUGUACUGUUAUGGGUGUUCCAUCAAUUACUACAAACUUAUCUGGUUUUGGUUGUUAUAUGGAAGAUUUGAUUGAAAACACAAGUGAUUAUGGUAUUUAUAUUGUUGAUAGAAGAAUGAAAUCAGUUGAUGAAUCAAUUAAUCAAUUAUCUGAUUAUAUGUAUGAUUUUAGUGAAAAGACUCGUCGUCAAAGAAUUAAUCAACGUAAUCGUACUGAAAGAUUAUCUGAUUUAUUAGAUUGGAAACGUAUGGGAUUAGAAUAUAUUAAAGCUCGUCAAUUAUCUUUAAAGAGAGCAUAUCCUGAUAAAUUCCAAAAUGGAGCUAAUCCAUUUGCAAAUUCUUCAAAUUUGAAAUUAACUCGUCCAUUAAGUGUUCCAGGAUCUCCAAGAAGUGGGAAACUUGGAUUAAUGACUCCUGGUGAUUUAGGUUCUUUAGGUGAAGCUCAAGAAAGUUUGAAUACUGAAGAUUAUGUUGGUUUUAAAUUGGGUACUUCAGAUGAUGAUGAAGAUGAAGAUGAUGAUACUCAUCAUUAUCCUUUAACUUUAAGAGGUAAUUCUGAACCACCUCAAGAUAAGUAG